GCUGUGUCCGUAGCUAUCGCCACAGCAUGCGGAAAAGACAUGACGUCACAGUGCAAAAUGAAAGUGUACGAAAUGAGGCAGAACGGUGUUGUCAGCACGACAGCGAAAGGUCUGAAGUGUAACUACGUCCUACAUGUGGCGGGGGACCAUUUUGGCAAUGACUGGAAGAAAGUUGUCCUCACAUGUUUGAGAGAGGCAGACGAAUUGGGUGAUGCGCGCUCAAUUGCCCUUCCGGUCCUUGGAACAGGUUCUGGUCACGUCAACCCUCAAGAAAUAUCCGAGAUCAUGGUUCAUGCCUUUGCCGAGUUCGAGCCUCAAGCAUCCAACCUGACAGAUGUACGGGUGGUUGUGUUCCAGAAGUCAAUGUUUCUCACAGUUUCGUCUCAGAUGAAGGAAUCAGUGAAAUCAUUGAAUCAACAAUCCACCAUACGAACACCUAAAACAGUUCCAGGGGUUCGUGGGAUUGUUUCAGAAGGUCCCUGGAGCGCCUCCGCCGGCUCUGGUAGCAUACAGUUUGGAAAUAUUACAGUGCAAAUGAAACAAGGGGACAUAACAAAAGAAGACACAGACUGUAUCGUGAACAGCACCAACAUGGAACUGGACCUGAAGAAAGGUGCUGUCUCAAGUGCUAUCAGGAAAGCAUGUGGCAAAGAUAUGGAGUCGCAGUGUGCAAAGAAAGUUGAUGACAUGAGACAGCAUGGCGUUAUCAGCACGACAUCCAGAGGUCUGAAGUGUAAAUACGUCCUCCAUGUGGCCGGGCACCAUUUCGGCAAUGACUGGAAGAAAGUAGUCCUCAGCUGUCUGGAAGAGGCAGAAAAACUGCGUGAUGCACAGUCAGUAGCAUUCCCUUUGCUGGGAACAGGCAUCGGUAAUAUACAGCCUGAGGAUAUUGCCAAGCUUAUGUCACAAGCAUUUGCUGAGUUCGGACCUCAGGCUGUUAACAUCAGCGAUGUUCGAGUAGUUGUAUUCCAGGAAGCAAUGUUAAAACCAUUUGCUGCAAUGGUGAAACACUCGGCAGGCACAGGAGGAAUACCACAGGAACAAUCUAUCAUUACAAGAGGCACCACUUCGACAGGGAGGGUUGAUCUCUUCUUCUUCUCUGACCAAUCAGACAACAUAGCCAAUGGUAUAAGGAACCUGGAAGCACUAUGCAAGGAGGAAUGGAUUACAGAGACAUCACAGGACCAAGUGAUAACAAAACUAACAGACCAUCAGAUUGACUCCUUGCAUAAACGCUUUGAUGUGGAGCUAAGAGUCGACAGAGACAAAGGAGCUAUAGAACUGACAGGACUGAGAGGUGAGGUUGGGCAUGCAACAGGAAAGGUUAUUCAAUACCUUCGUGACAUUGAGAAGGAGGAGAGCGAAACAGAAAAGGCGACCCUACUCUCUCGAACAAUACAGUGGGCCUAUUUCGAGAAAGACAGUCCUUCCGAUAAGAAGGACUUUGGUAAGAAGGAAAAUGCAGCAAUCGAAAAGGCAUUUACAGACAAUAAGAAGUUGUGCAAGGUACCUUUCAUGAAGACCAAGAUCGAAAUCGACUUUUCGUCCUUGGAGGGAACAGCAGCAAAGAAAACAUACAAUGUCAUGCGACGAGACCUUUUGCAGGAGGCCAAACAAUCAAUAUUUGACCUACCUCCGAGCUGGCAGAACAUGGCGGAUGAAGUUAAUAUUGAGUGUUUUCCAGUCGCAGCUGGCGGUGAAGAGUUUAAGACGGUUGAACAAAGGUUCAUGUCAACUAUCAACAACAGCAAAGCCAAGGUUCUUAAGGUGACUCGCAUUCAGAACAGAUCUCUGUAUCAGCAAUAUGCGGCAAAAAGGAAGCAACUUGAGAAGCAGAACCCCCAGGGUACCCAGAACGAGGCAUGGCUGUGGCACGGUACCAGCACAGAUGCUAUAGGCAGCAUCAAUGCACAUGGGUUCAACAGAAGCUAUUGUGGGAAAAAUGCCACCUACUACGGGCAAGGAGUGUAUUUCGCUGUUAAUGCCAAAUAUUCUGCCCGAGAUGCAUACUCAAGACCGGACGCACAAGGGCAGAAAUACUUGUACCUGGUUCGAGUCUUGACUGGCGUGUAUACUUUGGGGGAUCCUAAGAUGAGAGUUGCACCGUCCAAGACAGGAAGCACUGGCACUGAGCUGUAUGACUCGGUCGUGAACGAUAUUAACAAUCCUGUCAUGUACGUUGUGUUCAAUGAUACACAGGCAUACCCAGAUUAUCUGGUCACAUUCCAACCUUGAAGUGGUGUAAAUGUGUUGACAAGUUUGUAUUUGUUAGAAACCACUUGUGUUGAAGUUGUAUGUAACCUUUCAGUAAAGUUAGAAGAAUCAA